AUGAAGUUUCAAGAUAGCAUUGAAUACCAACUUUUACCUAUACCAUUCAUGGUUCUAACGCUCUGCGGAACAUGGUGUCCUGAAAACUGGUCAAAAAAGAGAAAACGUAUAUACAAAUGUGUGACUACAGUGCUAGUGUCUUUGGGGAUAAUACUCUUAGUUGAAAUGCUUGUAUUUAUCAUUGUAAAAAGUGGCAAAGAUAAUAUCGACUUGGAGAAUAUUUUUGCUACCAUAUGCAUUGCAGUCGGGCUGUAUAAAAAAAUCAAUAUACUCUAUCACAGACCAAAAUUGAUGAAUUUUAUUUCUAAUUACACGAAAAAUGAGUGGAAUAAGCCUAAGAAUUUUGAAGAAGCAACCAUUCAUUUGAAUAUAUUGUCUGAAACAAGAUAUAUAUCGUACGCGUACGCAGCGUUUAUUUUAGUAUCAAUCAUCUUUAGAUCAAUAACGCCGAUCUUAGAAUCAGGAACAUUUAUAAUUUUACCAUUGGAUGCAUGUUAUCCCUAUAACGCCGACAAUUUUAUAGCAUUCUCUUUAACAUAUUUGCACCAAAUAAUUAGCGGCGUGACGCUUACCUGUAUGCAUAUAGGUACCGACACUUUGUUCGUGGGAUUGCUUUUGCAAAUGAAUUAUCAACUUCAUAUUCUCAAAAACAGACUCAGGCAAUUGGGAAACUCGAAAACCUAUAAAAAUAACACUCAAACAAUCAAGGAUAGGGAGUUAUUUAUAAAAUCUAAAAUUUCUCAACGAGUUCGCGAACAUGAGAGUAUUUUCCGGUUUGGAUAUGAUUUACAGAAAACUUUCAAGCCAAUACUCAUGGCUCAAAUGGUAGUAGUUGUACCAAGUGUCAUUAUAAAUGUAUAUUUUCUUUCGAUUUAUACAGACAGAUUAAAUUUGAAAUAUUUCAUGACGUUCUUUUUUGCGUUAGUAUCACUAAUGCAAAUUUACAUGUUUUGUUGGUAUGGAAACGAAAUUCUUUUGAGUAGUAGUGACGUUGGUGAUGCCUUAUAUGAAAGCAAUUGGUUCGCCUUGGAUCAGUCUACGAAAAAAAUUAUGUUAACAAUGAUAACUCGAUCAUCAAAGAUAUUUUUGAUAUCUGCUGUCGCAAUAAUCCCGUUAGAUAUUGAUACCUUUAUAAAAAUCAUGAAAACAUCGUAUUCCGCAUUUAAUCUUCUUCAACGUACCACAGCUCAAUAA